AGGUCCAGUGAUAAUGUUGACAUACCAGCUUCUGCCCUGAAAAAGAGUGGGGUCUUGAUCUUUGGCAUUGGAACCAGAAAUUCCAGCAGAGAGGUCGAAAGGAUUGCCACUGAUCCUAGUUUUUCCCAGUCUGUUUCUGAAUUCACUGACCUCCCCAGCGUCCAGGAGCAGUUUUUCUCCACACUCAUAACUGUACAAGUUGAGGCUACACCCAUAACCCCAACAGUCAUAGUGGACCAAAGCAUUGCCAGAAAGGAUGUAGUAUUCCUGCUGGAUGGUUCUGAUGGCACUAAGAAUGGCUUCCCAGCAAUGCGUGACUUUGUUCAAAGAGUGGUAGAGAAACUCACUGUGGAGGAAAACAGAGAUCGAGUCUCUGUGGUCCAGUAUAGCAGAGAAUCAGAGGCCCACUUCUAUCUGAACACUUAUACAACAAAGGAAGACGUUGUGGAGACCGUAAGAGGCCUGAGGCACAAAGGAGGGAGACCCCUCAACACUGGGGCAGCUCUCCAGUAUGUCAGGGACAAUGUCUUUAUUGCCUCCUCCGGAAGUAGGCGCCUUGAAGGGGUUCCACAGAUUCUGAUACUGUUGAAUGGUGGAAGGUCCUUUGACAAUGUAGAUACACCAGCGUCUGCUCUCAAGGAGCUUGGUGUCUUGGUGUUUGGAAUUGGAACAAGGAGCUCUGAUAGCAGAGAAUUACAAAAGAUAUCCUAUGACCCCAGCUAUGCUCUUUCCGUGUCUGAAUUUACUGACCUCCCCAAUGUCCAACAGCAGCUUCUUUCUGCUAUAAGCACUGUCAUUGUACAGGUGACAACCAUGACACCAACAGUAAUACCAACAAUACUAGUUGAGAGUCAGGCUCCCAGGAGGGAUGUCGUGUUCUUGCUGGAUGGAUCUGAUGGCACUAGGAGUGGAUUCCCAGCAAUGCGGGACUUUGUUCAAAGAGUGGUGGAGACACUCGGUGUGGAUGAGAACAAAGAUCGCGUUGCUGUGGUCCAGUACAGUAGAGAUCCAGCUGCCCAAUUCUAUCUGAACACCUACACAACAAAAGGAGAGAUUCUCAACACUGUAAGAGGUCUGAGACACAAAGGUGGGAGACCUCUCAACACUGGAGCAGCUCUCCAGUACGUGAGAGACAAUGUCUUUACUGCCUCCUCCGGAAGUCGACGCUUUGAAGGUGUUCCACAGUUACUGAUUCUGCUGAGUGGUGGAAGGUCCUUUGACAAUGUUGACACUCCAGCUUCUGCUCUGAAGGAGCUUGGGGUCUUGAUCUUUGGAAUUGGAACAAGGAGUUCUGAUAGCAGAGAAUUGCAGAGGAUAUCACAUGAUCCCAGUUACGCUCUGUCUGUCUCUGACUUCACUGACCUUCCAAACAUCCAGCAGCAACUUCUGUCCUCGGUGGAGGCAGUUGUUAUUGACGUUACUCCAGAAUCGCCAACAGUUUUAGUUGAUCAUGACACCUCCAGAAAGGAUGUGGUAUUCCUUGUGGAUGGUUCUGAUGGCGCAAGGAAUGGAUUCCCAGCAAUGCGUGAUUUUGUUCAGAGAGUAGUGGGGAAACUCAAUGUGGGAGGAGACAAAGACCGCGUUUCUGUUGUCCAGUACGGUAGAGAUCAAGAAGUUCAUUUCUAUCUGAACACAUACACCACCAAGGAGGACAUUCUUGACACUGUCAGAAGUCUGAGGCACAGAGGAGGUAGACCCCUUAACACUGGGGCAGCCCUCCAAUACGUAAGGGACAACGUCUUUACUGCCUCCUCAGGAAGCAGAAGCCAAGUGGGCGUCCCUCAGAUGCUGAUACUUCUGAGUGGGGGAAGGUCCAGUGAUAAUGUUGACAUACCAGCUUCUGCCCUGAAAAAGAGUGGGGUCUUGAUCUUUGGCAUUGGAACCAGAAAUUCCAGCAGAGAGGUCGAAAGGAUUGCCACUGAUCCUAGUUUUUCCCAGUCUGUUUCUGAAUUCACUGACCUCCCCAGCGUCCAGGAGCAGUUUUUCUCCACACUCAUAACUGUACAAGUUGAGGCUACACCCAUAACCCCAACAGUCAUAGUGGACCAAAGCAUUGCCAGAAAGGAUGUAGUAUUCCUGCUGGAUGGUUCUGAUGGCACUAAGAAUGGCUUCCCAGCAAUGCGUGACUUUGUUCAAAGAGUGGUAGAGAAACUCACUGUGGAGGAAAACAGAGAUCGAGUCUCUGUGGUCCAGUAUAGCAGAGAAUCAGAGGCCCACUUCUAUCUGAACACUUAUACAACAAAGGAAGACGUUGUGGAGACCGUAAGAGGCCUGAGGCACAAAGGAGGGAGACCCCUCAACACUGGGGCAGCUCUCCAGUAUGUCAGGGACAAUGUCUUUAUUGCCUCCUCCGGAAGUAGGCGCCUUGAAGGGGUUCCACAGAUUCUGAUACUGUUGAAUGGUGGAAGGUCCUUUGACAAUGUAGAUACACCAGCGUCUGCUCUCAAGGAGCUUGGUGUCUUGGUGUUUGGAAUUGGAACAAGGAGCUCUGAUAGCAGAGAAUUACAAAAGAUAUCCUAUGACCCCAGCUAUGCUCUUUCCGUGUCUGAAUUUACUGACCUCCCCAAUGUCCAACAGCAGCUUCUUUCUGCUAUAAGCACUGUCAUUGUACAGGUGACAACCAUGACACCAACAGUAAUACCAACAAUACUAGUUGAGAGUCAGGCUCCCAGGAGGGAUGUCGUGUUCUUGCUGGAUGGAUCUGAUGGCACUAGGAGUGGAUUCCCAGCAAUGCGGGACUUUGUUCAAAGAGUGGUGGAGACACUCGGUGUGGAUGAGAACAAAGAUCGCGUUGCUGUGGUCCAGUACAGUAGAGAUCCAGCUGCCCAAUUCUAUCUGAACACCUACACAACAAAAGGAGAGAUUCUCAACACUGUAAGAGGUCUGAGACACAAAGGUGGGAGACCUCUCAACACUGGAGCAGCUCUCCAGUACGUGAGAGACAAUGUCUUUACUGCCUCCUCCGGAAGUCGACGCUUUGAAGGUGUUCCACAGUUACUGAUUCUGCUGAGUGGUGGAAGGUCCUUUGACAAUGUUGACACUCCAGCUUCUGCUCUGAAGGAGCUUGGGGUCUUGAUCUUUGGAAUUGGAACAAGGAGUUCUGAUAGCAGAGAAUUGCAGAGGAUAUCACAUGAUCCCAGUUACGCUCUGUCUGUCUCUGACUUCACUGACCUUCCAAACAUCCAGCAGCAACUUCUGUCCUCGGUGGAGGCAGUUGUUAUUGACGUUACUCCAGAAUCGCCAACAGUUUUAGUUGACCAUGACACCUCCAGAAAGGAUGUGGUAUUCCUUGUGGAUGGUUCUGAUGGCGCAAGGAAUGGAUUCCCAGCAAUGCGUGAUUUUGUUCAGAGAGUAGUGGGGAAACUCAAUGUGGGAGGAGACAAAGACCGCGUUUCUGUUGUCCAGUACGGUAGAGAUCAAGAAGUUCAUUUCUAUCUGAACACAUACACCACCAAGGAGGACAUUCUUGACACUGUCAGAAGUCUGAGGCACAGAGGAGGUAGACCCCUUAACACUGGGGCAGCCCUCCAAUACGUAAGGGACAACGUCUUUACUGCCUCCUCAGGAAGCAGAAGCCAAGUGGGCGUCCCUCAGAUGCUGAUACUUCUGAGUGGGGGAAGGUCCAGUGAUAAUGUUGACAUACCAGCUUCUGCCCUGAAAAAGAGUGGGGUCUUGAUCUUUGGCAUUGGAACCAGAAAUUCCAGCAGAGAGGUUCAAAGGAUUGCCACUGAUCCUAGUUUUUCCCAGUCUGUUUCUGAAUUCACUGACCUCCCCAGCGUCCAGGAGCAGUUUUUCUCCACACUCAUAACUGUACAAGUUGAGGCUACACCCAUAACCCCAACAGUCAUAGUGGACCAAAGCAUUGCCAGAAAGGAUGUAGUAUUCCUGCUGGAUGGUUCUGAUGGCACUAAGAAUGGCUUCCCAGCAAUGCGUGACUUUGUUCAAAGAGUGGUAGAGAAACUCACUGUGGAGGAAAACAGAGAUCGAGUCUCUGUGGUCCAGUAUAGCAGAGAAUCAGAGGCCCACUUCUAUCUGAACACUUAUACAACAAAGGAAGACGUUGUGGACACCGUAAGAGGCCUGAGGCACAAAGGAGGGAGAACCCUCAACACUGGGGCAGCUCUCCAGUAUGUCAGGGACAAUGUCUUUAUUGCCUCCUCCGGAAGUAGGCGCCUUGAAGGGGUUCCACAGAUUCUGAUACUGUUGAAUGGUGGAAGGUCCUUUGACAAUGUAGAUACACCAGCGUCUGCUCUCAAGGAGCUUGGUGUCUUGGUGUUUGGAAUUGGAACAAGGAGCUCUGAUAGCAAAGAAUUACAAAAGAUAUCCUAUGACCCCAGCUAUGCUCUUUCCGUGUCUGAAUUUACUGACCUCCCCAAUGUCCAACAGCAGCUUCUUUCUGCUAUAAGCACUGUCAUUGUACAGGUGACAACCAUGACACCAACAGUAAUACCAACAAUACUAGUUGAGAGUCAGGCUCCCAGGAGGGAUGUCGUGUUCUUGCUGGAUGGAUCUGAUGGCACUAGGAGUGGAUUCCCAGCAAUGCGGGACUUUGUUCAAAGAGUGGUGGAGACACUCGGUGUGGAUGAGAACAAAGAUCGCGUUGCUGUGGUCCAGUACAGUAGAGAUCCAGCUGCCCAAUUCUAUCUGAACACCUACACAACAAAAGGAGAGAUUCUCAACACUGUAAGAGGUCUGAGACACAAAGGUGGGAGACCUCUCAACACUGGAGCAGCUCUCCAGUACGUGAGAGACAAUGUCUUUACUGCCUCCUCCGGAAGUCGACGCUUUGAAGGUGUUCCACAGUUACUGAUUCUGCUGAGUGGUGGAAGGUCCUUUGACAAUGUUGACACUCCAGCUUCUGCUCUGAAGGAGCUUGGGGUCUUGAUCUUUGGAAUUGGAACAAGGAGUUCUGAUAGCAGAGAAUUGCAGAGGAUAUCACAUGAUCCCAGUUACGCUCUGUCUGUCUCUGACUUCACUGACCUUCCAAACAUCCAGCAGCAACUUCUGUCCUCGGUGGAGGCAGUUGUUAUUGACGUUACUCCAGAAUCGCCAACAGUUUUAGUUGACCAUGACACCUCCAGAAAGGAUGUGGUAUUCCUUGUGGAUGGUUCUGAUGGCGCAAGGAAUGGAUUCCCAGCAAUGCGUGAUUUUGUUCAGAGAGUAGUGGGGAAACUCAAUGUGGGAGGAGACAAAGACCGCGUUUCUGUUGUCCAGUACGGUAGAGAUCAAGAAGUUCAUUUCUAUCUGAACACAUACACCACCAAGGAGGACAUUCUUGACACUGUCAGAAGUCUGAGGCACAGAGGAGGUAGACCCCUUAACACUGGGGCAGCCCUCCAAUACGUAAGGGACAACGUCUUUACUGCCUCCUCAGGAAGCAGAAGCCAAGUGGGCGUCCCUCAGAUGCUGAUACUUCUGAGUGGGGGAAGGUCCAGUGAUAAUGUUGACAUACCAGCUUCUGCCCUGAAAAAGAGUGGGGUCUUGAUCUUUGGCAUUGGAACCAGAAAUUCCAGCAGAGAGGUUCAAAGGAUUGCCACUGAUCCUAGUUUUUCCCAGUCUGUUUCUGAAUUCACUGACCUCCCCAGCGUCCAGGAGCAGUUUUUCUCCACACUCAUAACUGUACAAGUUGAGGCUACACCCAUAACCCCAACAGUCAUAGUGGACCAAAGCAUUGCCAGAAAGGAUGUAGUAUUCCUGCUGGAUGGUUCUGAUGGCACUAAGAAUGGCUUCCCAGCAAUGCGUGACUUUGUUCAAAGAGUGGUAGAGAAACUCACUGUGGAGGAAAACAGAGAUCGAGUCUCUGUGGUCCAGUAUAGCAGAGAAUCAGAGGCCCACUUCUAUCUGAACACUUAUACAACAAAGGAAGACGUUGUGGAGACCGUAAGAGGCCUGAGGCACAAAGGAGGGAGACCCCUCAACACUGGGGCAGCUCUCCAGUAUGUCAGGGACAAUGUCUUUAUUGCCUCCUCCGGAAGUAGGCGCCUUGAAGGUGUUCCACAGAUUCUGAUACUGUUGAAUGGUGGAAGGUCCUUUGACAAUGUAGAUACACCAGCGUCUGCUCUCAAGGAGCUUGGUGUCUUGGUGUUUGGAAUUGGAACAAGGAGCUCUGAUAGCAAAGAAUUACAAAAGAUAUCCUAUGACCCCAGCUAUGCUCUUUCCGUGUCUGAAUUUACUGACCUCCCCAAUGUCCAACAGCAGCUUCUUUCUGCUAUAAGCACUGUCAUUGUACAGGUGACAACCAUGACACCAACAGUAAUACCAACAAUACUAGUUGAGAGUCAGGCUCCCAGGAGGGAUGUCGUGUUCUUGCUGGAUGGAUCUGAUGGCACUAGGAGUGGAUUCCCAGCAAUGCGGGACUUUGUUCAAAGAGUGGUGGAGACACUCGGUGUGGAUGAGAACAAAGAUCGCGUUGCUGUGGUCCAGUACAGUAGAGAUCCAGCUGCCCAAUUCUAUCUGAACACCUACACAACAAAAGGAGAGAUUCUCAACACUGUAAGAGGUCUGAGACACAAAGGUGGGAGACCUCUCAACACUGGAGCAGCUCUCCAGUACGUGAGAGACAAUGUCUUUACUGCCUCCUCCGGAAGUCGACGCUUUGAAGGUGUUCCACAGUUACUGAUUCUGCUGAGUGGUGGAAGGUCCUUUGACAAUGUUGACACUCCAGCUUCUGCUCUGAAGGAGCUUGGGGUCUUGAUCUUUGGAAUUGGAACAAGGAGUUCUGAUAGCAGAGAAUUGCAGAGGAUAUCACAUGAUCCCAGUUACGCUCUGUCUGUCUCUGACUUCACUGACCUUCCAAACAUCCAGCAGCAACUUCUGUCCUCGGUGGAGGCAGUUGUUAUUGACGUUACUCCAGAAUCGCCAACAGUUUUAGUUGAUCAUGACACCUCCAGAAAGGAUGUGGUAUUCCUUGUGGAUGGUUCUGAUGGCGCAAGGAAUGGAUUCCCAGCAAUGCGUGAUUUUGUUCAGAGAGUAGUGGGGAAACUCAAUGUGGGAGGAGACAAAGACCGCGUUUCUGUUGUCCAGUACGGUAGAGAUCAAGAAGUUCAUUUCUAUCUGAACACAUACACCACCAAGGAGGACAUUCUUGACACUGUCAGAAGUCUGAGGCACAGAGGAGGUAGACCCCUUAACACUGGGGCAGCCCUCCAAUACGUAAGGGACAACGUCUUUACUGCCUCCUCAGGAAGCAGAAGCCAAGUGGGCGUCCCUCAGAUGCUGAUACUUCUGAGUGGGGGAAGGUCCAGUGAUAAUGUUGACAUACCAGCUUCUGCCCUGAAAAAGAGUGGGGUCUUGAUCUUUGGCAUUGGAACCAGAAAUUCCAGCAGAGAGGUUCAAAGGAUUGCCACUGAUCCUAGUUUUUCCCAGUCUGUUUCUGAAUUCACUGACCUCCCCAGCGUCCAGGAGCAGUUUUUCUCCACACUCAUAACUGUAAAAGUUGAGGCUACACCCAUAACCCCAACAGUCAUAGUGGACCAAAGCAUUGCCAGAAGGGAUGUAGUAUUCCUGCUGGAUGGUUCUGAUGGCACUAAGAAUGGCUUCCCAGCAAUGCGUGACUUUGUUCAAAGAGUGGUAGAGAAACUCACUGUGGAGGAAAACAGAGAUCGAGUCUCUGUGGUCCAGUAUAGCAGAGAAUCAGAGGCCCACUUCUAUCUGAACACUUAUACAACAAAGGAAGACGUUGUGGACACCGUAAGAGGCCUGAGGCACAAAGGAGGGAGACCCCUCAACACUGGGGCAGCUCUCCAGUAUGUCAGGGACAAUGUCUUUAUUGCCUCCUCCGGAAGUAGGCGCCUUGAAGGUGUUCCACAGAUUCUGAUACUGUUGAAUGGUGGAAGGUCCUUUGACAAUGUAGAUACACCAGCGUCUGCUCUCAAGGAGCUUGGUGUCUUGGUGUUUGGAAUUGGAACAAGGAGCUCUGAUAGCAGAGAAUUACAAAAGAUAUCCUAUGACCCCAGCUAUGCUCUUUCUGUGUCUGAAUUUACUGACCUCCCCAAUGUCCAACAGCAGCUUCUUUCUGCUAUAAGCACUGUCAUUGUACAGGUGACAACCAUGACACCAACAGUAAUACCAACAAUACUAGUUGAGAGUCAGGCUCCCAGGAGGGAUGUCGUGUUCUUGCUGGAUGGAUCUGAUGGCACUAGGAGUGGAUUCCCAGCAAUGCGGGACUUUGUUCAAAGAGUGGUGGAGACACUCGGUGUGGAUGAGAACAAAGAUCGCGUUGCUGUGGUCCAGUACAGUAGAGAUCCAGCUGCCCAAUUCUAUCUGAACACCUACACAACAAAAGGAGAGAUUCUCAACACUGUAAGAGGUCUGAGACACAAAGGUGGGAGACCUCUCAACACUGGAGCAGCUCUCCAGUACGUGAGAGACAAUGUCUUUACUGCCUCCUCCGGAAGUCGACGCUUUGAAGGUGUUCCACAGUUACUGAUUCUGCUGAGUGGUGGAAGGUCCUUUGACAAUGUUGACACUCCAGCUUCUGCUCUGAAGGAGCUUGGGGUCUUGAUCUUUGGAAUUGGAACAAGGAGUUCUGAUAGCAGAGAAUUGCAGAGGAUAUCACAUGAUCCCAGUUACGCUCUGUCUGUCUCUGACUUCACUGACCUUCCAAACAUCCAGCAGCAACUUCUGUCCUCGGUGGAGGCAGUUGUUAUUGACGUUACUCCAGAAUCGCCAACAGUUUUAGUUGAUCAUGACACCUCCAGAAAGGAUGUGGUAUUCCUUGUGGAUGGUUCUGAUGGCGCAAGGAAUGGAUUCCCAGCAAUGCGUGAUUUUGUUCAGAGAGUAGUGGGGAAACUCAAUGUGGGAGGAGACAAAGACCGCGUUUCUGUUGUCCAGUACGGUAGAGAUCAAGAAGUUCAUUUCUAUCUGAACACAUACACCACCAAGGAGGACAUUCUUGACACUGUCAGAAGUCUGAGGCACAGAGGAGGUAGACCCCUUAACACUGGGGCAGCCCUCCAAUACGUAAGGGACAACGUCUUUACUGCCUCCUCAGGAAGCAGAAGCCAAGAGGGCGUCCCUCAGAUGCUGAUACUUCUGAGUGGGGGAAGGUCCAGUGAUAAUGUUGACAUACCAGCUUCUGCCCUGAAAAAGAGUGGGGUCUUGAUCUUUGGCAUUGGAACCAGAAAUUCCAGCAGAGAGGUCGAAAGGAUUGCCACUGAUCCUAGUUUUUCCCAGUCUGUUUCUGAAUUCACUGACCUCCCCAGCGUCCAGGAGCAGUUUUUCUCCACACUCAUAACUGUACAAGUUGAGGCUACACCCAUAACCCCAACAGUCAUAGUGGACCAAAGCAUUGCCAGAAAGGAUGUAGUAUUCCUGCUGGAUGGUUCUGAUGGCACUAAGAAUGGCUUCCCAGCAAUGCGUGACUUUGUUCAAAGAGUGGUAGAGAAACUCACUGUGGAGGAAAACAGAGAUCGAGUCUCUGUGGUCCAGUAUAGCAGAGAAUCAGAGGCCCACUUCUAUCUGAACACUUAUACAACAAAGGAAGACGUUGUGGAGACCGUAAGAGGCCUGAGGCACAAAGGAGGGAGACCCCUCAACACUGGGGCAGCUCUCCAGUAUGUCAGGGACAAUGUCUUUAUUGCCUCCUCCGGAAGUAGGCGCCUUGAAGGGGUUCCACAGAUUCUGAUACUGUUGAAUGGUGGAAGGUCCUUUGACAAUGUAGAUACACCAGCGUCUGCUCUCAAGGAGCUUGGUGUCUUGGUGUUUGGAAUUGGAACAAGGAGCUCUGAUAGCAGAGAAUUACAAAAGAUAUCCUAUGACCCCAGCUAUGCUCUUUCCGUGUCUGAAUUUACUGACCUCCCCAAUGUCCAACAGCAGCUUCUUUCUGCUAUAAGCACUGUCAUUGUACAGGUGACAACCAUGACACCAACAGUAAUACCAACAAUACUAGUUGAGAGUCAGGCUCCCAGGAGGGAUGUCGUGUUCUUGCUGGAUGGAUCUGAUGGCACUAGGAGUGGAUUCCCAGCAAUGCGGGACUUUGUUCAAAGAGUGGUGGAGACACUCGGUGUGGAUGAGAACAAAGAUCGCGUUGCUGUGGUCCAGUACAGUAGAGAUCCAGCUGCCCAAUUCUAUCUGAACACCUACACAACAAAAGGAGAGAUUCUCAACACUGUAAGAGGUCUGAGACACAAAGGUGGGAGACCUCUCAACACUGGAGCAGCUCUCCAGUACGUGAGAGACAAUGUCUUUACUGCCUCCUCCGGAAGUCGACGCUUUGAAGGUGUUCCACAGUUACUGAUUCUGCUGAGUGGUGGAAGGUCCUUUGACAAUGUUGACACUCCAGCUUCUGCUCUGAAGGAGCUUGGGGUCUUGAUCUUUGGAAUUGGAACAAGGAGUUCUGAUAGCAGAGAAUUGCAGAGGAUAUCACAUGAUCCCAGUUACGCUCUGUCUGUCUCUGACUUCACUGACCUUCCAAACAUCCAGCAGCAACUUCUGUCCUCGGUGGAGGCAGUUGUUAUUGACGUUACUCCAGAAUCGCCAACAGUUUUAGUUGAUCAUGACACCUCCAGAAAGGAUGUGGUAUUCCUUGUGGAUGGUUCUGAUGGCGCAAGGAAUGGAUUCCCAGCAAUGCGUGAUUUUGUUCAGAGUGUAGUGGGGAAACUCAGUGUGGGAGGAGACAAAGACCGCGUUUCUGUUGUCCAGUACGGUAGAGAUCAAGAAGUUCAUUUCUAUCUGAACACAUACUCCACCAAGGAGGACAUUCUUGACGGUAUCAGACUUCUGAGGCACAAAGGUGGUGGACCCCUCAACACCGGAGCAGCCCUCCAGUUCGUAAGAGAAAAAGUCUUUAGGCACACCUCUGGAAGCAGACGUGAUGAAGGUGUUCCUCAGAUAUUGAUUUUGCUGAGUGGUGGACGGUCAAAUGACGCUGUUAGACAAGCUGCCUUGGAUAUGAAAGGUCAAGGAAUUCAGAGUAUUGGCAUUGCCAUCAGACAGGCCGACACUAGAGAAAUGCAGUCAAUUACAUCUGAUCCACAGCUGAUUCUCGGGGCACAAGACUUUUCAGACCUUCCAGGUCUGCAGCUGGAACUUUUAUCAUCAAUUUCUCAAGUUUCCAGUCCUGGUUUGAUAGUUGAGUCCCAGGGUCCCAAGAAGGAUAUCGUCUUCCUUGUCGAUGGCUCAGAUGGCGUUGGACGGGAGUUCCCCAUCAUCCAGGAGUUCAUCCGCAGGAUCGUGGAGAACCUGAACGUGGGCAAGAACAAGAUCAGGAUUGGUGUGGUGCAGUAUGGUGGCUCCCCCAAUGCAGAUAUCUACCUGAACUCCCACACAACCAAGGAGGGGAUUAUGAACGCUGUCAAGGGACUGCGUCAGCGAGGCGGCCGGGACCGUAACCUGGGUCAGGCAUUGGAGUUUGUUAGUAAUGAAGUGCUGAAUGCUCAACAUGGCGGCAGGAAGGAAGAGGGCGUCCCACAGUUCCUGAUUGUCGUCUCCGGCGGGAAGUCCACAGAUGAUAUCAGUCGACCUGCGACAUCACUGAAGCAGUCAGGCGUUUUUCCCUUCAGCAUUGGGACCAGAGAUGUUAACCCUCAGGAGCUUCAGGUUGUCUCCUAUGUUCCCAACUUUGCCUACACUGUAGAUGACUUCCCUGGCCUGUACACAGUGCAGGAAACACUGAUCUCCACGCUCACAGAGUUGUCAGAUGAGGACAUUGCCAGGCUGCGCCCUGUAUUCCCAACUGUGGAUGUCACCACAACCAUAGUAUCCACUGGCGGAGAAAAGAGGGAUGUGGUUUUCCUCAUUGACGGCACAACAGCUGUGCGCAGUGAGUUCCCCGCCAUUCGUGACAUGAUCGGGAGGGUCGUGGAAAAGCUAGAUGUGGGUCUGGAUCGGGUGAGGGUGUCAGUGGUGCAGUACAGCGACGACGCCAGUACGGCGUUCCUCCUGAACGAGCACUCCACCAAAGACGAGGUCCGCCAGGCCACGAGGAAGCUUCGGAGCAAGGGUGGGAACCGUCUGAACACUGGCCGUGCCCUCGAAUGGGUCUCCAAGAACAUCUUCCAGAAAUCAGCAGGUAGCCGCAUUGCGGAAGGUGUGCCUCAGUUCCUCAUUCUAGUCACAGGGGGCAAGUCAAACGAUGACGUCUCUGGACCGGCUAAUCAGCUGAAGACCAACCUGGUUGUCCCUCUAGCCAUCGGGGCAAAGAAUGCCGACCCCAACGAACUGAGGCAGAUUGCCCUAAAGCCAGAGCUCGCCUACUCCAUUAACAACUUCGGGCAGCUUCCAACAGUGGAGCAGCAGCUUAUUGCUUCAGUCAACACCAUGACCACAACUCACAUCUCCGGCAGUUUUGUUCCUCCAGUUUUGGAUAUUGCUAACCUCAAAAUGGGGAGGAAGGACAUCAUCUUUCUCAUCGAUGGCUCAGACACAACGGGCUCCAGUGGCAUCGCCCACAUCCGUGACUUCAUCCUCAACAUCGUUCAGCAACUAGAUGUGCAACCUGACCAGGUUCAGGUUGCUGUCGUCCAAUAUUCAGACAAGGUCAAGACCGAGUUCUCUCUCAACUCCCACAACAACAAACCAGCUGUGCUCUCAGCCAUCAAAAGACUACGCCAGCAGGGUGGCAGAUCGUCCAAUCUGGCUGAGGCCAUCGAGUAUGUGAUCCGGAAUGAGCUGAAAUCCUCGGCGGGUGUCCGGCUUGCAGAGGCCUCUCAGCAUCUAGUGGUCCUUACCGGCGGAAGGUCCCCCACUGAUGUGUCCGUGUACGGCCCUCUACUUAAAGGCUCUCGGGUUAACUGCAUCGGCAUCGGGGCUGGUGGAGCAGACUCCAGACAGCUCAACCAGAUUGCCACUAGCUCUGCCGAUGUUCUCCAGGUACCCACUUUCCCCGGCUUGCCUGUCAUUAAGGAGAGGUUUAUUGCCAGGCUGAACGGAACAAUCCCUGAGGAGGCACCUACAGAUUUUGUCGACCCAAGCCUCCCUAAAGCCAAGGUUGCUGAUAUCGUAUUCUUGGUGGACGGCUCCAUCAACCUGGGCAAGGACAACUUCAAGGAGGUGAUGGAUUUCAUCCUGAACCUCGUCGACCUCUUCUUCACUGAGCGUGACAACCUGCAGAUUGGCCUGGCGCACUACACCACUGACGUCACCGACGUAUUCUACCUCAACACCUACAAGGACAAGGACGACAUAAUCAGCGCCAUCAGCCGCACCGAGUACAAGGGCGGCCGCAGGAUCAACACGGGUGCAGCCAUCCACCACGUGCAGGAAAACCACUUCAUCAAAGAGAAAGGCAGCAGGAAGGACAAGGGCAUCCCCCAGAUCCUGAUGAUCGUCACCGGCGGAAGGUCGUCCGACGACAGCAAGACCGCCGCUCUGGCGUUGAAGGCCACCGGCGUGCGCAUCUACGCUGUUGGCGUGGGUGACAUCGAGGAUGAGUUGAACAACCUGGCGAGUGAGGCCUCCACAGUGGCCAGGGCAGGCACGUUUGUGGAGCUCUCUGAGCUCAACGAGCAGAUCCUUGAGACAUUGGACGAUGAGGUGAAGGGAAUCAAGCUGUGCACUGGCAUGAGCCAGGAGCCCUCAAAAACCUGCAGUCUGGAGGUGUUGGUGGGCUUUGACGUGUCCUCACAGAACAUCUUCCAGGCCCAGAGGAUCCUGGAGUCCAAGAUGGGUGCCAUCCUCCAGAGGAUCACCAAGAUGACGGGAAUCAGUUGCUCGUCGGGCCAGAUCCCAUUGAUCCAGGUGGGCAUCCUGGCCAUGGAUGCCGCCUCAGAGCCCGUCCACCUGGAGUUCACGGAUAAUGCCGACACGCUGUUCGAGGCCUUCCGGGCACUGCGCACCCGUGGCCCCUACCUCCUCAACACCAAGACCAUUGCCGCAUAUAGUUUCAGGUUCAAAAGCCGAGCAACAGAUGCGGUCAAGGUUGUGAUCCAUCUGACUGAUGGUCUGGAUGGCCAGUAUAAUGAAAUGAAGAGAGAGGUUGAAGAACUUAAGAUUUCAGGUGUGAACAGCUUUAUCCUGGUGGGUCUGGAGCGGGUACCAAGGUUUGAGGAGGCCGUGCUCCUGGAGUUUGGCCGUGGCUUCAGGUACACCAGACCUCUCAGAGUUAAUGUCAUGGACUUGGACUACGAGCUUCUGGAGGAACUGGACAACAUUGCUGAGAGGGAGUGUUGCGCAGUGCCAUGCAAAUGCACCGGCACAAGGGGAGACAGAGGAGCAGUCGGGCUUGGAGGACUGAAGGGCGGUCCAGGCGGAGCUGGUGGAGCAGGCCAUCCCGGAGAUGAGGGUGGACCCGGAGACAGAGGUCCUCCUGGUGUCAACGGAACUCAAGGUUUCCAGGGCUGUCCUGGACAGAGGGGCAUCAAGGGUGGUCGUGGGUACUCUGGAGAAAAGGGUGAAUUUGGAGAGAUUGGCCUGGAUGGCAUCAAUGGAGAAGAGGGCAAGAGUGGAGUCGCUGGAUCACCAGGAGACAGAGGAAACCCUGGGAGAAGGGGACCCAAAGGAACUAAAGGACAUGCAGGAGACAUCGGGGACACCGGAAUCACAGGAGAUCCUGGAGCCACAGGGCAAGAUAACAACGUGGCUGGACCUAAAGGAGACCCAGGCGAUGUCGGCCCAGUGGGAGAGCCAGGGGAGGAUGGAAAGAAGGGAGGCCCAGGUGAACCAGGCAGGACGGGUUCUGAUGGUAGAAGAGGCCCGCCCGGACAAGCUGGAAACCCUGGCAAACCCGGAGGUGACGGUGUGCAGGGAGAGCCUGGUAUCGGAGGAUCCAGAGGUCAAGCUGGACCAAUUGGUGCACUUGGAACCAGAGGUGAGGACGGGAACCCUGGACCAAGGGGCCCAGGAGGAGCCCAGGGACCCCGCGGAGACAAUGGCAGGAGAGGCGCUCUCGGUCGCAAGGGAGAGCCAGGAGAGCCCGGACCCAAAGGCAUCGUGGGACCUCUGGGACCUCGUGGUGAGCCUGGCGAAGAUGGUCGAGAUGGAUUUGGAAUCGCAGGGCCCAAAGGAAGAAAGGGUGAUGAGGGCUUCCCAGGAUUCCCAGGACCAAAGGGAGGGGCAGGUGAUGGCGGAACCAAUGGCGGACCAGGACCCAUAGGAAACCGUGGCCAGAGGGGUGUUUCAGGGGAAAUUGGUACUCCAGGUCAGAAGGGAGAGGUUGGAUACCCCGGGCCUUAUGGCCAGAAAGGACCGAGAGGACCUGGCGUUGUGCAAUGUGACUUGGUGAAGAAGAUCAGAGACAACUGUCCUUGCUGCUAUGGUCAGCAGGAGUGCCCACUCUACCCUACCGAGCUGGCCUUCGCCCUGGACGCCUCUGACGGCGUGAGUAGGCCUGCCUUCAACAACAUGCGUGAAGCCAUGCUCCGCCUGGUUGGCAACAUCACCAUCGCCGAGAGCAACUGCCCGCGCGGCGCCCGCGUGGCCCUCACCCUCUACAACAACGAAGUGACCACCGAAAUCCGCUUUGCAGACGCGCUGAAGCGCCGCGCCCUUGUGCAGCGCAUGGAGGGCCUGCAGGCAUUACAGACGCGCAAACAGCGUAGCCUGGAGACGGCCAUGAACUUCUUGGCGCAGAACACCUUCAAGAGGGUGCGCAGCGGCUUCCUCAUGAGGAAGGUGGCCAUCUUCUUUGUCAACGGGCCAGUGAAGGAUCAGCGGGCGGUCAGCGCAGCCGCCCUACGCCUCUAUGACUCCGGCAUCGCCUCAGUGUUCCUGAUCAACAAAGAGGAUGGCCAGCUCACCAGAGCUCUGAAGAUGAAUGGCACUGGGUCAGCACUGGGUCAGGUGAUUGUGCUGCCCAAUCCCGGAAGUGCACAGUACAACUCAGCUAUCCAAAAGGUCAUGAACUGCCACAUCUGCCUGGACUCCUGCGCCCCGGACCAAAUGUGUGACUAUGUCCCCCCUCAGCAGUCGAGAGACAGGAGGUCUUCCACCACCGACGUGGACAUUGACAUGGCCUUUGUCAUGGACAGCUCCGAGACCACCUACCCCACCGUCUUCACAGAGAUGAAACGCUACGUUGCACACAUUGUAGAGCAGCUGGAAGUCUCAUCGGACCCCGUGGCAUCCAUCCACCAUGCCCGCGUGGCCGUGAUCCAGCAUGCGCCCUACGAGUUCCUGCGCAACAACAGCGUCUCACCCAUCCUCGUGGACGUGGGCCUGACUGACCACCGCUCAGCCCAUGACAUCCGCAACUUCCUGCUGGACAAGACACCCCAACUGGAGGGUGGGCGGGCACUGGCGGCCGCCAUCGAGCACACGGUGGAGCAGGUGUUUGAGAAGGCGCCCCACCAGCGAGACCUCAAGGUUCUGACGGUGUUUGUAACAGGCCCUGUGGAGGAGGAUGAGGAGCGGCUGGUUGCCGUGGCCACCGAGGCCAAGUGUAAAGGCUAUUUCUUGGUCAUCCUGGGCGUGGGCGAGAAGCUGGGGGCUGGGGACACCCGUGUGCUGACGCGCAUGGCCAGCGAGCCGUCCGACAUCUUCUUCAAGAGGCUGACCAGCACCUCGCACUUCUACGACAAGCACAUUCAGAACUUUGGCCGACUGCUGCCCAAGUAUCUCAGCAUUGAGAACGUUUUCUACAUGUCUCCUGAAGUCUCCAAACACUGUCACUGGUACCAGAGUGACCAGCCAUUCCCCAAGUUCCCCUUCCCCAAGUCACACCACAGCCAAGAGAAACAUCAAAAACACGAAAACCACCAGGCAGUCCAUCCAAGAAAGCACAACGACCAAGAUGAGUUGCACGUAGCCAACGUCACUUCCAGCAGCCUGACCCUGCGCUGGGCCAGCCCGGACCCCAAGCACAUGGCCUACUUUGAGGUGGUGGUUACGCGCCAGCGUGACAACACACUGGUUUUGAGGAGAAAUGUGACGGGAACUGAGCUCACUGUAAGCGGCCUGGAUAGCGCCCAGACCUACCACGCCGUGGUGACCACACAAACUACCCAGGGCCACGCUGUGGCCACCCACAAAGGCAUUAUUACCACCAAAGCAGCAGCAGAGCAUAAGGUCACCGCCCCCAUGGAGGUGACUGGUAUCGUGGCCACUACACCACUGGACAAACCAGAGAUUGCUAACGAGCUCGCAGACCCAUGCUCUCUUGGCUAUGACCCUGGAAUGGCGUGCAAAGACUAUCAGGCUAAGUGGUUCUUUGACAGAAAGAACGGGAUCUGUACCCAGUUCUGGUAUGGUGGUUGUGAAGGCAAUGUCAAUAGGUUCGAGACUGAGGCCCAGUGCUUGAAACGCUGCAUGAGGUCAGCACCAGAGCCUCAGCAACAAGUGGAGCAGCAGCCCGAGACUGAGAUCCUUCCAGCUCCCGCCUUUACAGGAGUGGAAAUCUGUCAGCUCCCCAAAGAGGAAGGCGCCUGCGCAAAGUUUGUUCUCAAGUGGCACUACGACCCCCUUAGCAAGAGCUGCACACGCUUCUGGUACGGAGGCUGUGGCGGCAACCAGAAUCGCUUCGAAACUCACGAGGAGUGUGAGAAGGCCUGUGGAAAAGCAGCUCUGCCUCCAGGGCAGAAGGCAUGGGAUUGGUUGGAUGAAAGCCGUGAAAACCACGGGCGGCGCUCACAGCGACGAGUGAGAAUGAAAGGAAAGAGAAGAAAAGCUUCACUAGGUGCACCUGUCAACCAAGGAGUCAUUGCCGCAAUAAGAACGUAGGAGGACAUUGAUUCAUUGUCAACGUAUACCUCUACUGAGGAGAUUCCGAGGAAAAUCAACAAAAAUGGCCAAAGAGAAGCCGUACCAAAGGAGAGGUGGCUGCACUGGAUUCCACAAACAGGAUUUGAUCAAAAUAAGUCUUGAAGUAGUCUUUUUCACACACAAAAAAAGAAAGCAAAUCAAUUUGCUGCAUGAUUCUUCCUACUGGUGCUACAUAGUGUUUUUUUUUUGUUUUUUUUUUGGUUGAGUUGCGGAGUACAUCCAAUGUUUGUAAUAUAACAUUUCUGGAACAGAUACAGAAUAUGUUUUUCAUUAAAUGUUAAACUCAUGAGUAUAAGGUUUCAUCAUUGUUUUCAGUAAUGUGUAUGAAUAUCAUGGGACAGAGAUUAUAAAUCCUUAUUUACAUACGCACAUGCACAUACACUCACAGGUCCACAAUGACUUUGAAAGAGUCAUCAUAGGUUUAUAUUAAUUCAAUACUCCAAUACAGACUUUCCCUCACCAUGCUAAAGACACUCAUAAUCCACGCUGAUGUUUACACAAGUCCUAUCUGGCAGUGUGUAUAUAAUGACAGUUAAACCAAUUCAUAAUGUAAUGUAAAUGCACUUCUGGAAUCACUGCCUCAAACACGCAUGUUCAGGUUUUUGAAUAUGGAAUGUACUUAUCAAACAGUUAGUGUUUUAUUGUUUUGUUUUACUUAACUUUGUGUUUCAUCUGGGAACGGGGGAAAUAAACAUUUAUUAGACUUUCUAAUCAA